AUGUCCGCUCUCUUCUUCUCAUCCUUUGAUGUCACUCGCCAGGCGUUCUACCGCUCGGGCCUCGCAGCCGCCAUCGUCAACCUGAAGCCAAUCGUUCCUGGCCAUGUCCUCGUCAUACCCACACGCGUCGUCCCGCGCUUUGCCGACCUCGAGCAGGACGAGCUCGCGUCGCUGAUGGCGUCUGUGCAGCACGUUGGGCGCGUCAUCGAGCGUGUGUAUGGGGCCGACGGCCUCACCAUUGCAUGUCAGGACGGGAAAGCGGCGGGCCAGACAGUGCCCCACGUACACUUCCACCUGCUGCCUAGAAAGAUCCAGGGCGACGCGUUCGCCAGGAACGACGACGUGUACCCUGCUCUGGAGAGGUCCGAGGGCGGUCUCGUCGACAAUCUUCGCAGGGUCCCGCAGCCACUUCAGGUGGACGCGGAUGAGGAUCGCGAGCCCAGAACUUUGGAAGACAUGGAGAAGGAGGCCCUGUGGCUGAAGACCUUCUUCGAUCCUGUUGAAGGAAGCUGAGAGGCUGUUGGCAGCAAGGCGUCGUCCUCAGAUGAUUACUUCACCUG